AAUAUAAUCAUACAUUCAACAGUGUCUGUGCUGACUGAUGAGACCGCAGCUGCAGACCAGUUUGCUGCUAAAGAAUUUGAUGUUUUCGUCAAAGCAGCAAUUGUGGAGAGAAGUCACAUACUGAGGCAGAUGUUCAACCUUGAUAGACUAGUUGCAUGCAUGGUGAGACCCACAACAAUAAUAAUAUGGCUUCCACUGUGCAUUUACCACAUUGUAAUAUCAUAUCACAAGAUGGCAGGAGUUGUAAAGAACUAUAUACUUAUUGGAUUAAUAGUGGCUGCUGCUGGUACUGUGUUGGAUACAUAUUUUUAUGGAAAAAUAAUUUUCACACCCUUGCGUUUCUUAGAAGCUAAUGUUAUGGAUGGUAUCAACACCUUUUAUGGCACACAUCCAUUUUACUGGUACAUAACUGUAGGAAUUCCAGUGGUCCUGGGAUGUCAUCUGGUCCCAUUUAUUCUUGGCGCAUUCCGGGCACUCACACAGAACCAAGGCUCCAUAGAAAAGGUUCUUGUGCUUAUUAUAAUAUGGACUGUAACAAGUCUCAGUCUUGUGCCUCAUAAAGAAUUUAGAUUCUUAUUGCCACUGUUGCCAAUGAUUGUGUAUGUAGAAAGCAGUUGGUUGUCAUACUGGAGUUGUAAGGCAUCCAGAUCAGUGCUCAGGAUUGUGACUGUGGGUAUUGUAAUUGUAAAUGUUGCAUUGCUGGGAUAUUUUGGAUUGGUACACCAGCGAGGAACAUUGGAUUUGAUGAAGGUGCUGACAGAUAAGAAUCCCAGGUACACUAAUGUGUUGCUUCUCAUGCCAUGUCACUCAACUCCACUGUAUAGUCACUUGCAUAUGAGAAUACAAGUUAGGUUCCUAACAUGUGAACCUGAUUUUACAGGCAGUCCAAAUUACAAAGAUGAGGCAGACAUAUUUUAUGCGGACCCUGAAAAGUGGCUUCUUCAGAAUUAUUCAAGUAAUGAUACUGUCUCACAUAUUGUAAUUUAUGAUAGUCUUUAUCCCAAGAUAAAUAAUUUCUUGAAUCAGUAUAAUUAUAAAUUAGAAACCUCAUUAUUUCACACCUUUCAUCCUGAUGGAAGAGUAGGCAAGUAUGUUGAGGUGUAUAGGCGAUAUUAGAUUGGCUUAUGGGGGGGGGGCAUGUGAUCUAGGGAUAAAAUGCUGGGACAUCAGUGCUCAGUAUCUUGGCUUUAAGACUGGUCAGAUCAAGAACAGAUUUUGGCAGACAUGAUACCCAUAUCUGCAUCUCUGAUAAAGAUACCGUUUUGUGCAACUGAGGAAUACCAAGCUGUCAUUGUGACUCAGAGUUCAUGUUAAGUCAUCAUCUUACCAUUAUGGACAGUGGAGCCCACCCCAUAAGUGCUCCUGCCUGGGAAAUCUGACUUUCACCAUUGCAAAGUUGGAUGGAGGUCAGAAAGGACAUGACUGGGUGCAUUAGCCAUAACAUUCACUUAACUUUGUGUCUGCAGGCUGCUUCAGUACUGGCUGAUUAUUGCAACUGUACUACAUAGGAAAACUCCUUUAUUUGUAUGAAUCCACACAAUUAUUUGCCAGUAAGUGAAAUAAAAUGAAAUUUGGACCAGAAGUGGCUUGGUCUUCAGAUGCCAUUCAUCAGUCUUUUGAUGUGGUAAUAUUUUAUUGUAAAAGUCCUUUAAAAGUUAAUAUAUUUUGUAACAUUUUAUAUAUGAUAAACUGAAUUAGGAGGAGGACAUGCAGUUCAUUCCACUGGUCUGCUUUUAUAAUCUGAACAUAUUCUGUAUGAUGCUGUCAGUGCAUCCAGGAAGAUUCACAAAUACAUAUAAGACUGCUAAUUGAAAAACCCUGAUUUUUCUGUCAGAACUUCCCUCUUUGAUCAUUCUUGUGAUAAACAUGUUCUCUUGUAGUAAGCUGUCCACAAUUCGUAAGAUUAGUGUCCUCUAUGUAUACUACUUUUACCAUAAACUUACUGGUGUGCUGAUCUCUACUGUUAUUUGGCAGUAUUAUGGACACUGCAGAAACUGUUGUUAAGGAUUGACGAUAAUAAAAUUCCUCUCAGAGGGAAGGAGUGACCUUUAUGGGUGAAGAAAUAUUGAAUGCUUUUUAAAUGGCCGAUACGUUAUAGCCAGAAGCAUUCAUGCAUAUGCAUAAUUUUUGUUUUGAUCUCCAAAAUUAAUGGAAUACAGAUGAAGUUCAUCAGCUUUUGAGAAAAUGUCAUUUUGAAUGUAGGCAAGGAUACAGAAAUAUAUCUCAAUUUGAUUCACUGUAGCCUACCUCCAUGGUACACAUCUUAGUAGUAUUUUUGUGUAUUCAUGGUAAGUUUCUUGAGCAUGACAUUUUGUGGUGUAUCAUUCAUUUCUUAGUUUGGAACAGAUGUGAACUUUUCCUGGAAAUGAACUAGUUUGCAUCAUUCAGGUGAUGGCUUUUAACUUUAAAAUUCAACUCCUCACAUACACAGCAGCAGUCAGUUUGAGGUUGACCUAAAAUGAAGAUGAACAUUAAUAUUAAAAAUUACAGAAACAUGGAUAACUGACCUUAAUAUCUAGAUUUAAACAUACAGAAUUUUGCUGUUAAGUCUGUCAUCAAGUUAGGUAGUUUAUUGUUCAGGAUGAACAGUGACUCACUGUUGGAAAACUAUGUUAUUUAUAAUUACUCUUCAUCUAAGAGGCAUUUUCUUUUCUACCCACAGGACUUUGCCCUAGAAGAGUUGUUUCUCUAAUCCUCUUUAUGCAGUUUACUCCUAUAACAUAAGGAUACGAAAGGCCUUUGUCACUCACUGCUCUCUUGGAUGUGACUGAUGAAUGUGUUACUACAUUUAGUUGGUCUGUGCUGUUUGGUGUCAUUCACAUCAGGAAGAGUCUGAAUGUCUGUAUCUUGUUUAUGCAAGUGAGCUGCACAUACUUCUGGUUUUCUGCUGAGGUGACAUCAGAACAGUUCUUCCUCUUGUAGCUGAAGUAACAGAGAAAUGAAACAUUCAUUGAGAAGGGUUGCUCCUUGUUUUCCCUUCAAAAGCUUAUCAGCAGUGUCCUUCAUUAAACACUUCAGAUGGACCCACUCUUUGUAAAGUUAAAAUUCAGUUAUUACACUCCAGUUAAUGUAACAAUUUGAUCUAAAGAGCAUCCAACAGUGGCAAAUGCCUUUGGUCAGAGACUGAGGACCUUUCUUCUCAGAAUAAAAAUGUGCCCCCCCCCAAGAAAACAUGAUAUUUAAACAGUGACUGAAUUCUUGUAUUCAUAAAAUGAUUUCUCAACAAAAAUAUAGUGUGUUUCAUGGGAAACCUAUUUCUUAAAAAUGAAUUAGGUCAUUUACUGUUUGAGAACUGGGCCAGCUCAUUCAGUAAAGUGAAGGUCUACAGGUCAGAUGACUGUGGUUUGAUCCCUGGAAGGGAUUGGAUAUUUUUAUCACUAUGUCCAGAUUGGCUCUGGGUAGCAACCAGACUUUCCUCAAGGUAAAGCAAGCAGGGUGUAAAGCAGACCACUCACCUCUAUCUAGUGCCAAAGUUAAGAAUGUGUCUGCCAGUUCCACUCCCUGACGUGUGUUCAUGGUGGGGUGUUCAAGCACAAGAAUUGUACCACGUCUGUUUAAUGAGGCAGUACAAUACAAGGUGGUGAUGUGAAGGCUGAGCAGUAGGAGUGCACAGUACUACUGAAGAGGUGAAAUAUUUUCACUGGAACUAAAUAUAAAUGGUUUUGUUAAAUGUGGUGAAGGGAGAUGUCAGUGAAAGACUGCUGUUGGGUUUCAGUGAUCUAUAUUGUAUGUUUUUCAUGAUUAAAUUGAGCGUUAAGAUUGAUGAAAUGUGUUUUUUUUAAACUAGAAGAGUACCUGUCUACUUUGGUGUGCACUUUUUAAUCUAGCAUUAGUAACCAUUAUUAAAAAUUAUUGAGGAAAUGCAGUUUCGGUUAAUUUAAUAUCAGAGAGUUUGAAGCUGAGAAUUUGGAACUCCAAAGAUGGAACUGGCCACUUUGUGGAGACAAGCAUG